GGAGGGCAUCUUUAAUCGCUUUUUUUUUUUAGAUAAACACAUUGAAUCUAAAUCAGAUAUGCAUGUAAAAUGUUCAAGUUUUUAUUUUUAUAUUCCUUUUUGUUCAGUUUGGACAGGUCAAAAUGCGUCACAGUUGCGUCAGCUAUCUUAGCUCAGCAAAGAAGAAGACGACCGGAAGCGGUGCCACUGCUCGAAGCAACAUGGCUAACUUCGUGGAGGCGAAAACUCGAGCGGAGUUUGAGGAUUUCCUGGCCAAAGCCGGCGCUCGGCUCACGGUGGUGCACUUCCAGGCGUCGUGGGCUCCGCAGUGUGACCAGAUGAACGAGGUGAUGGUCGAGCUGGCCAAAGAACAAGCUCACGCCACCUUUGUCAAGCUGGAGGCCGAAGCGCUGCCGGAAGUUUCCGAGAAAUACGCCAUCGCCUCGGUGCCCACGUUCAUCCUUUUCAAAGGCGGCGUGCAAGUAGACCGUCUGGAUGGGGCGCACGCUCCGGAGCUCACCAAGAAAGUCCGGCGACUGGCCGUCGACGGCGGCUCGGAGCCCGAACGAGGCCCGGGAGACCUGAACGAGCGACUCAAGAAGCUGAUCAACGCGGCGCCGUGCAUGCUGUUCAUGAAGGGCACCGCGCAGGAGCCCCGCUGCGGCUUCAGCCGACAGAUGGUGGCCCUCCUCCGGGAGAGAAACAUCCCGUUCAGCACCUUCGACAUCCUGUCCGACGAAGACGUGCGUCAGGGUCUCAAAACCUACUCCAACUGGCCCACCUACCCGCAGCUGUACGCCAACGGGGAGCUCCUGGGCGGCCUGGACAUCGUCAAGGAACUGGCCGAGUCCGGCGAGUUGGAGAGCGCCUGCCCCAAGGCACUCACCCUGGAGCACCGGCUCAAGCAGGCCAUCAACCGGAGCCCGGUUAUGCUGUUCAUGAAGGGCACAAAGGAUGCGGCGAGGUGCGGCUUCAGCCGGCAGAUCUUGGAGAUCUUGAACGGCGCCGGAGUGGACUACGGCACGUUCGACAUCCUGGAGGACGACGAGGUACGCCAGGGGCUCAAGACUUACUCCAACUGGCCCACCUACCCGCAGCUGUACGUGAAGGGUGAGCUCAUCGGCGGUCUGGACAUUGUCAAGGAGCUCCAGGAAAGUGGCGAGCUCCAGACCGUGCUCAAGGCCGGGGACUCUUAGGGUACACGUCCAAGGCUCGAUGUUUGUGGGCAAAAUCGCUGCCAAAUUGCCGAGUGACUUGAAUAACAUCUCGAGUUCGCAUGUUAAUUGUUUUGCAGCAAUAGAACAACAAAGGUGUUGCUUCAACUACAUACAAAUGGAAGCAAACCUAAAUGGAAAAUAAACAGUGUUACUUCAUAAAAUCGGCCUUGAUUGAUGAUAUUGUAAGCAUAUUUUGUUAAAAAAAAUAUUUUAAUUAAACAGUGGAACCAUUUUUUUUCCCCGACUUUGAUUCCAGUUGCGGGUAGCUAUCAGUGAUCAGGUCGAAAUAACAUUUACAGAAAAUCCAUGCUGUUUACUGGAAAUGGGGACAAGGCUUGCCCCCUGUGAAUAAUUGCCUCACAAGAUUGCCACCAAGCACAAGUUAGUACCUUACUGGGAAAGCAAAUCUAUUUUUACUUUGGUCUGGGUGCUAAAAUGGCAAAUGUGUUUUUUUCCCAGUUAACAUGAAAAAACUUGAACGUUAAAAUGCAAAUUUACAGGGUUGAUCUGGCCCCGUCACAUUUUAUUUUGCCUGCAGUGCUCAAGCGACUCGUGGCUUUUUUUUUUUUUUUUUUUUUUAUAAAUCUACUAAAAUUGCAGCAUAUGUCCACUUUUAAUUAGAUUGAAACAAAAAAUUAACUGUACUGGUAUUUGCAGCCUGAUUCAUACUGAAAGCUUCAUCAUACUUGCAGUUUCACAUUGACUCAAGUUCAUGGCUGUAGGAUGUUCGAGCUUUACUACUACUCUUUGGCACUGAAUACAUUAAUAAAAGGUAUUAUACUGAA